AAAAUAUUAGUAAUAUUUUUUUAAUCGCGUUUCCGCGAAACGUAGCGAAAUGAAAGUGUGCCAAAACAAAACAGAGAGUGAGUUCUAGAAUUCUUAUUAAAAGUGGCGGCAAUAUGAUGAUCGAUCUUAACACCGUGCCAUUGUCUGCACUUACAAAUGAAUCUCGAAGUUUAUUAUCAUCUCGUUUAAACACAAGAAAAGUUUUGCCAAUUGUUGGACCUGAUCAUCUUUCACGACACAGAGACUGGAGAGGACUGGCGUCACUUGCCAAUAUAUCAACUGAAGUAGCAGCAACCUUAAAUGACUGUCAAGAUAAAACAGCUAAGGUUAUAGAUAUAUGGACAAAGUUUAAUGAUGGGUCGGAUACAGUUGGACGACUAUUGGAUUACCUUCAAAUAUUAGAUAGAUAUGAUGUUUAUGAAGAUUUACUGGUGCUGGCCAGGGAAGAAAAACUGAUAGUUCCAAGAAAUCAAAGCAAUAACAACCAGGUGGUUGUGGCUGUGGAUGGCAGUGAUGAAGACAUCAUCACAUAUGAUGACAAACUGUUUGGUCAACCGCAGCGGUAUCAUGCGUAUGUACUGUAUGCUAAAGAGGAUAAGGAUUUUGUUGAUGAACUGCUUAUACGAAUGAGAAGUGAAGGGUUUAAGAUUUGUACAGAGGAAGAUCUGGUGGCGGGACACGCGACUCAGUUCCAGCCAGUGUCACGACUCAUCUCCGAGCGCUGCCGUUACAUUGUGCUGAUCUACUCUCCGGACUUCCUGCGGAGUCCUGCUAUUAAUUUCUGCAUGAACCUUGCGCAGGCGGAUGCUAUAAGCAAGCGGCAGAGCAAGAUAAUUCCGGUGAUGUACCGCCAGUGCGUCCUGCCCGACCACAUCGCGCACUACCACAGCUUGCGCUACAGCGAGCCCGGCCCGCACUCCUUCUACAAUUUCUGGGAGCGCUUGUCGCAGUCGCUGCGCAUCGUGGACACGCCGAGAUUAAACAGCUCCAGUUCUACUCACUCUGCCAUGAACAUUGCUGAACUAUCGCAGAGCCUCAAUAAUGGAUACCAAAGGGUCAAUGGUUAUAAAGAGCAUCAACUUGCUCUACCGAGCGUACCCACUGAAACAUCUAGCAUGACUGAUUUAUACCAUCUCCAAGUGAACUAUCCAAACUCCUAUGAAACAAAGUCCUUAGGCAACAUGAGCCAGACCAGCGAAGGGAAGAAGAAGAAAUCUGGACCAAUUACAAAAAUCAUCAAUACCUUCAGAGGCAAGAAACAUAAAAAAGCCAUUGCUGUGGAGAACUGAGCAAAACAAUGAUCUAAAGGAGCUAUUUUUUUUACAAUGUAAUUGACUGUGAGAAAAAGGGUUCAGUUGAUAAAAGAAAACCUUGACUAUGAGGUGAGAUUUUGCGAAUAAUGAAUAUUUUGUAUGAUAUUAAGAAAUCAUUCAAUUUAAAAAGACCACUAUAAUUCUAACAGUCAUAAUAGAAGUUAUUGAUACUGAUGUUUCUUGAUAAAAGUUUAAACGUUAUAUAAGGGAUAUGACCAUAUAGAAGGGUGGGACCA